GGGGUCGGAGGGCAGCGCGGGCCCGAGCGCGGGCGGCGCAACCAUGAGUGGAGGCGUGUAUGGCGGAGAUGAAGUCGGGGCCCUCGUGUUCGACAUCGGAUCCUACACCGUGAGAGCAGGGUACGCCGGUGAGGACUGCCCAAAGGUGGAUUUUCCUACCGCCAUUGGAGUGGUGCUGGAGAGGGACGACGGGAGCACGCUGAUGGAGAUCGACGGCGAGAAAGGGAAGCAGGGCGGCCCCGCGUACUACAUAGACACCAACGCGCUGCGGGUUCCGAGGGAGAACAUGGAGGCCAUUUCGCCUUUAAAGAAUGGGAUGAUUGAGGAUUGGGACAGUUUCCAGGCGAUUUUGGAUCAUACCUACAAAAUGCACGUCAAGUCGGAAGCCAGCUUGCACCCUGUUCUUAUGUCGGAAGCACCGUGGAAUACAAGAGCCAAGAGGGAGAAAUUGACAGAGUUGAUGUUUGAGCACUACAACAUCCCUGCAUUCUUCCUUUGCAAAACGGCAGUCCUUACAGCAUUUGCGAACGGUCGCUCCACCGGGCUGAUUUUAGAUAGCGGAGCCACUCACACCACUGCCAUUCCAGUGCAUGAUGGAUAUGUCCUACAACAAGGAAUUGUGAAAUCACCUUUAGCCGGGGACUUUAUCACUAUGCAGUGCAGAGAACUGUUUCAAGAAAUGAAUGUAGAAUUAAUCCCUCCAUAUAUGAUUGCUUCAAAGGAAGCAGUUCGGGAGGGUUCUCCAGCAAACUGGAAGAGAAAAGAAAAGUUGCCGCAGGUUACGAGGUCUUGGCAUAAUUAUAUGUGCAAUUGCGUCAUUCAAGAUUUUCAAGCCUCUGUGCUCCAGGUUUCAGAUUCAACUUACGACGAACAGGUAGCUGCACAGAUGCCGACAGUACACUACGAAUUCCCCAAUGGCUACAACUGUGACUUUGGUGCCGAACGGCUGAAAAUACCCGAAGGGCUAUUUGAUCCUUCUAAUGUGAAGGGCUUAUCAGGGAACACAAUGCUGGGAGUCAGUCACGUCGUGACCACCAGCGUUGGAAUGUGUGACAUUGACAUCAGACCAGGACUCUAUGGCAGCGUGAUCGUGGCAGGAGGCAACACUCUAAUACAGAGCUUUACUGAUCGGCUGAACAGAGAGCUUUCUCAGAAAACUCCUCCGAGUAUGCGCUUGAAAUUGAUCGCCAAUAACACGACGGUGGAACGGAGGUUUAGUUCGUGGAUUGGCGGCUCCAUUCUGGCUUCCCUGGGUACCUUCCAACAGAUGUGGAUUUCCAAACAAGAAUAUGAAGAAGGUGGGAAGCAGUGUGUUGAGAGGAAAUGCCCUUGAACUUCCUGAAAAAUUGUGGCCUUUCCCCCGCCCCGUCCCUUGUUUCAUAGCUUUAGCGUACUCAGGAACCAAAUGAACUUCUUUUGUAGAAUGUUUAUACUCUUUUGCAUACUUCAAUUUCCACUUUUAACACGUUUUAAAGGCUUUGAAAUGGCCCCAUAACUUAACGAGUUUUUGCCUCCCUUGAAAAGCAACAACUCUUAUUACAAACUUUUUAUAAUUUUGUAUAAAUAUCUAUUUUCUCUAAACGCUUUCCAAACCUCCGAGUGGUAGAAUUGGUUCUAUGAAUAGAAUUUACCGCCUAAUCCUUCCCCAAACUUGCGAUGAAAAUCAUUAAAGAUUUCUACCCCCUCUCAGA